AAACAGAGAAACUGAUCACAAACUGAUCACAUCCUUCUUGAAGUAGUUAACUUUUAGAUAAAUGAAAUUUCAACAAAGUAAAUAAUCAUGAAAUUAUUACCUUCAAAUGAUUCCAAGGAAUUGUUUAUUAAUGAUAUUGAUAAAAUGGAUUAUGAAUUCUCAUCAAAUUUAUUUAUUCGACCAAAUGGAUAUAAACAUUUUCUACCAGUAAGAUAUCUACAUACAUCAUACAUAAAGUCAUGGGAAAAUACUCUAGCCCAUCUAGAAAGGAAUAAAUAUCUUCAAUGGGCUCUUAUUUCUAUAUCAGAUUAUGAAAAAUGUCUAGGUUUAAAAUUAAUUCAGUGGAAUAGUGAUAUUUUGAAAUUAGUCAUUGAAAUAGCACCAAUUUUACAACAAAUUGAUUUAUCCAAUUUAAACAUAAGUUCAAUACCAUUUGAAUUAUUAAAUCAGUUUUCUACACGUUUAUUUUCAUUAAAUCUAAGUUGUAAUCAAAUUGAAAUGAAUAUUUUUAAAGAUUUUAAAUCUGUGUAUUUAUUGAAUAGAAAGAAAAAAUAUACUAACACUUCAAUAAAACAAGAUGACUGUUGGAUUGAAACAUUGAAUGAAGUCUGCUUGAAUCAUAAUAAACUCCAUGAUCAAUUUCCUGGAGAGAUAUUAAAUUAUAUGACUAGUCUAAAACGAUUAUAUAUUCAAAAUAAUGAUAUAACAAGUAUAAAGGGUUUAAAUGGUCUUGUACAAUUACGUGUACUAAGAGCUGAUUUCAAUAAAAUCACAAAUCUACACGAUAGUUUAUACACUUUGAAGAAUAUUGAAUAUAUCUACCUUUCGCAUAAUAAUAUCAGUCAACUAAUAUCAGGUAGUCGUCUAAAAUAUUUAAAUCAUCUUCGAGUUAUCGAUCUAUCCUAUAAUAAUUUAUCAUUUUUACCAGCAGUUAUAUUCAAUCUACCCAGUCUACAAACAUUAAAAGUUGAUCAUAAUAAUAUAUGCAGUCUACCAACAAUACGAUCAAUAUCCAGAAUUUCAAAAGAAUCAAUUGAAUUAAUUGAUCUUUCUAAUAAUCAAAUUAAUACAAUAUCUGAUGGAUUAUUAAGGAUAACUAAACGUUUAGAUUUAAGUAGAAAUAAGCUAAAAAUAUUCCCAGUAAGUCUACUUAAAAUGAUUGUAAAUAUAAUGCAGAUUAGAAAUCGAAAACCAACAGAAAUUAUUCAACUUGAUCUAACUGAUAAUCCUAUUAUAUGGCCACCUUCUAGCAUUAUUAAUAAUGGAAUUAACGCUAUGAUACAAUACUAUUUAGAAUCACGAAUAGAGAUACAAUCAUAUUAUGGUAUAAGAACAGUAUUUCUAGGUGAUAAAAAUUGUGGUAAAUCUAGUUUAACUAUUAGUCUACUCGAUCGACAAACACAUAUGACAGAGAGUUUAGAAGAAGCAACCUACAGCAUUGAAUCCUAUACAAUACAUUAUGAUGCUGUAGAAUUAACCUCCAAGAUUACCAUCAUGAAUCAAGAAGAUAACAAUGUUAAUAUGAAGUCACAAACUUUGAAUACUCGUCCAACAACUUUAACUAUAUGGGAUUGUUCUGGACAUUUAGCAUAUAUACCUUUAAUUAGCUUUUUCACUUCUUUACCAACUAUUGUUACACUUCUAGUGGAUAUUACAAAAUUUCAACAAAACUCAUCUAUAAAUGAUAUAAAAGAUAUGAGAAAUCCUGAAAGUUAUUUUUAUAAAUCAAUUGGAAUCUGGUUAGAUAUAAUUAUAUUUCGAUUAAAUUAUUCAAAAGUUAUCCUAUUAGCAACUAAAUGUGAUCUUAUAUCAUCUGAGAAAGAAUUAAAUGAACAAUUAAAAAAUUUAUAUAUUCAAACUUUAAAUUAUUUAAAAUCAAGAAAUUUUAUAUUAAAAGAUCAAAUUACUCGUAUAGAAUCAUCAUUACAAAUAUCACAUGCUACUACACAAUACUAUGAACAUUUAAAUGAUAUUUAUGAAAAUGCAUAUAUUUCACUUUAUCCUAAUAUCAUUCCAAUAUCAUUAAAAUAUUCAAAAUCAUUAUUAAUCAAUUUUGAUCAAUUAUGUUAUACAUUAUUUGAUUUAGCUAUUAAAACUCCAACACAUUUACCAUUUUGUUUAACAUCAUUACCACAAAUAUGGUCAGAUAUUGAAAUGUAUUUAGAUGAUAUAAAACAUAAUUAUAAUUCAAUUACAAAUGUUCAAUGUUCAAAUCAAUUGAACAUUGAAAUGAAUGGAUGUAUUUUAUUAAAAUCAUAUUUUUGUCAUUUAUUACAAAAUAAAUUUCAUUUAAAUUUACUUAAUUUAAAACAGUUACUUACAUAUUUAAAUAAUACAGGAAAAAUCUUAAUUUUAGAUGCUUUUUUAUCAAAAGAAGAAGAGAAUUAUUUAAAUUCAACAAUGAAAUCAUUCAUGAUUAGACCUUAUCCAAAAACAUAUGUUAUAAUCGAUCCAGAUUUAUUUAUGGAAUCAUUGAAAUAUUUAAUUCAUCCAAAUCUCCUGUCUAUUAUUAAUCCAACAAUAUCACGAAAUAAGAAUAUUCAUCAAGAGAUUUAUGUACCGGAGACAUUUCAAAAAGAUUUAUUACGACGAUUUUAUUCAGCUACCCGACAAGGUGCAAUUAAUCGACUAAUACAAAGUUGUACUGAGUUGAAUAAAGGUACAGGUAUUGUUAGUGCUUAUCUAUGGAUUGCAUUAGUUGAAUAUAGUAAUCUUUAUGUAACAAAAAAUUCUAUUGAAAUUGGUAGAUCAUAUGUUGAAAUUUUAUGGAGAUGGUUAGAAUUAGCCUAUCCAGUCCCUGAACCUGAUUUAUUUAUAAAUUUCAAUUUUGAGUCAACAGGUGACACUUCAUCAGAUGAAAUAAAAUCACCAACUUGGAAAUUCAAGUAUUUUCCGUCUCCUAGAGAAAUAGCCGUAGCUUGCGGUAUUAUAUCUUACUCUGACCAGCCAUCACAGUCUUCAGAAAACCAGUCAGAUUCAGAUGAAAGUAUUGGAUUAGAUCCUCGUCAGUCCCCGACAAAUGAUCAACUGCAGUCGUUAAUUUGUUCAGAACGACUGCCAGCUUUAUGUUUUCCUUGUUUAAUUCCUGCGUCUUCUUGUAGUCCAAUGGAUGAAAUGAGCAUUAACAUUUGGGAAACAGCUGGUAAAACUGGACCAAGGCCAGUUAUAUUUGUAUAUCGUUUUUCCUGUGGUCUACCACAAGAAUUAUUUGAUAAAGCUACAGUACGUUUGAACUGGCCAGAAGUGUUUAAGUUUCGAUAUACAGCCCAUUGGAAAACUGGAGUACAAAUGUUCAGUAGUUCAAAUCGAGUUAUGUUAAGAUUUCUGUUGGUGAAAAUCCCUGGUGAAGACUAUCUGAUCAAAUUUGAGUUCCGUGCACUUCCCCUGAAAAAUGUAGACAAAGAUCUAGUUGACAUCAAGAGUCAAUCAAACGAUGUCGUGGCAAGCACAGAGAAAAUAGACAAAGGAACAAAAUCUGUUAAUGAACCAAUAACCAUUCCUGAUUUGAUAUUGCCAACAGAUAAUAACAAUACAAAGCGUUCAAAAAGAAGAGAGAAGUGUAAAUGGCAUAAGUGGCCUAUUUCAGAGGCUAAUCUUUGGGAUCUUAUGCUACCUUUAUUAAAGGAAUUCGAUGGAAUUUUAUUAGCCUAUAAAGGUUUAUGUUAUAAGCGUGUUAUGGAGUGUCCAAAGUGUAACGAGUUAACUCUGGCUGGGGAGUGGUUGACACCUCGUGAAGUUCAAUCAGUCAAUUAUCGUAAAUGUCCAGCAUGUGCUCAUAGGAUACCCAGUUGUCUUCUUGCUCCACCAGAAAAUGGAUUAGACUAUAAACGAAAACUAAAAUCAAAGCGAAAAAGUAGAAAACGUGAAAAGCCACGAAAAUAGAGUGUAUAACGUGUGUUGUAUUGGCUUACUACUGAUAUAUUUUUGUCUGAUAUGUACAGGAAACCAAAGUGUGAAAAAACUUCUACAGGAUUUAUUGAAUAAUGUAGUGCUUUGGUGUAUGUAUUCGACUUGUUUUAAAAUAGUAUUCCGCCGAUAUGAAAAGGUGUCAAGUGUGUAAACGUUGUGACUGUCU